GAUAAUUGAUUGGAAUACCAGGAGAAUGCCUUAUUUUUGUUCGACGGAUGUGCUCGGUAGAACAAUGAAACGGCAAGUACUGUUGUUUGUCUCGGUCCUGUGUCUGCGCUCAGCGCUCAGCCAAGUCAGCUACUCCAUUCCCGAGGAAAUGGCAAAAGGCUCUCUGAUUGGAAACAUUGCUCAGGACUUAGGGUUGGAUGUUAAACGAUUGCUGGUUGGAAAAGCUCGCAUCCAUACAGGAGACAAUGCGGAGUACAUUGAGCUUAACAGGGAAAGGGGACUCCUCGUCAUCAAAGAGAAAAUAGAUCGUGAAGCUCUCUGUGCCCAUGCAACACCCUGUGCUUUACAUUUUCAGAUCGCAGUAGAAAAUCCCAUCGAAAUAUUUCCAGUGACUGUCGAAAUUACUGAUAUUAACGACAACGCCCCUGUUUUCGAUAAAGGUGAGAGGCGAUUUGAAAUUAGUGAGUCGGCAGUCGUUGGUUCUAAAUUCAUUCUCGAGAAUGCAUUAGACGCUGACAUUGGACUGAAUGGUCUCCAGAGCUAUACCCUGAAGCCCAAUGACAAUUUUAUUUUAAAAAUGCGCAGUCAAGCUGAUGUCAGAAAAAAAGUAGAAAUGAUUUUGCAAAAACCCCUCGACAGAGAGAAACAGGAGUUUGCGUCUUUGUUAUUGACAGCAGUAGAUGGAGGAGAUCCACGAAGGUCCGGAACGAUGCAGAUUCAUAUUACAGUAUUAGAUGCUAAUGAUAAUGCUCCCGUUUUCACCCAAAACGUUUACAAAGCAAGUGUCAAGGAGAACUCUGUCAGAGGAACACUGAUUACUAAAGUGAGUGCCUCCGAUGCAGACAAAGGCUCAAAUGGAGAGAUUAGCUAUGUUAUUGUCAAUCGUAUGAGGGGAAUAUCAACGUUGUUUCACGUUGACAAAGACGGAAGCCUCAUACUAAAUGGUCCGAUCGAUUAUGAAAAAUCUAAAGAAUAUGAGAUUGAUAUCGAGGCUGUCGAUAAUGGAGGUCUCUCUGAUUCUAGCAAGGUAAUUAUAGAUGUGUAUGAUAUCAAUGACAACAGUCCAAUUAUCAAUAUAAUUUCAUCAUCAAAUACGAUCGGAGAGGAUUCGCGUCUGGACACCGUUGCUGCUGUAAUGAGUGUACAUGAUCCCGACUCCGAGGAAAAUGGAAAAGUUAUUUGUGUGUUAAACAGAAAUAUCCCGUUUUCAAUUGUUUCUACUUCGAGAAAUAUUUAUAGCAUCGUGACGGAUAAUGAUUUGGACCGAGAGACAUCAUCUGAAUAUAACAUCACAGUGACCUGCUCUGAUAAAGGAGUGCCUUCCCUCUCCAGCAGCGUCACUCUCACCUUACAGAUCUCUGAUGUUAAUGAUAACGCACCUGUCUUUGAGAGAAGCUCAUAUGAAGCCUACAUAGUAGAAAACAACACACCAGGCGUCUCUAUAUUCACAGUGAAAGCCACUGAUGAUGACUGGAACCAGAAUGCCCGUGUUUCUUACAUACUGGAGGACUCCUCUGUGAACGGAGUGCCAGUCUCCUCAUAUGUGUCCGUCAGUGCAGACAGUGGAGUCAUCCAUGCAGUGCGCUCUUUUGACUACGAGCAGAUCAAAGAUUUCCAGUUUCUUGUCAAAGCUCAGGAUGGAGGCUCUCCGCCACUCAGCAGCAACGUGACAGUGAAAAUGCGGAUCCAGGACCAGAACGACAACCCCCCUCAGGUCCUGUACCCAGUGCAGACUGGUGGCUCUGUGGUGGCUGAGAUGGUGCCUCGUUCAGCAGAUGUGGGCUAUCUGGUGACCAAAGUGGUGGCUGUUGAUGUGGACUCUGGACAGAAUGCCUGGCUCUCAUAUAAACUCCAGAAGGCCACAGACAGAGCGCUGUUUGAAGUGGGAUUACAGAAUGGAGAAAUCAGAACUAUCCGCCAAGUCAAUGAUAAAGACGCAGUCAAACAACGACUGACUGUCAUAGUGGAGGACAACGGACAGCCCUCUCGUUCAGCUACAGUCAUUGUGAACGUGGCGGUGGCGGACAGCUUCCCUGAAGUGCUGUCAGAGUUCACUGACCAGAUCCACGACAAGGAGUACAAUGACAACCUGACUUUUUACUUGGUGUUGGCUCUGGCUGUGGUUUCCUUCCUGUUCAUCACCUGUGUGGUGGUGAUUAUCUCAGUGAAAAUCUACAGAUGGAGACAGUCCCGCAUCCUGUAUCAGUCCAACCUGCCUGUGAUUCCAUAUUAUCCACCACGUUACUCAGACACUUUGGGGACAGGGACUCUCCAACAUGUGUACAACUACGAGGUGUGCAGGACGACAGACUCCAGAAAGAGUGACUGUAAGUUCGGCAGAGCUGGUAGUCAGAACGUGCUGAUCAUGGACCCCAGUUCAACAGGGACGAUGCAGCGGAUACAGAGUGAGAAGAGCAUCCUGGAUGAACCCGACUCUCCUCUAGAGGUUAGAAUUUGA